AUGUCUUCAGCCUCCGAGUUAGCAGGGAUCGAGGUUGUUCAUGGCCUUGAAGAGUUUCAAGAAGGCGGAGAACAAAUCCUUGUCCUUAAAGAUUCCACCAUCCUCGAAAAUGAAGAGGAAGGAGAUCGGCUUGUCAGCAUACAACUUGAGGAGAAACAACGAUUGAAAAAGAAUUUGGAAAACAAGAAGAAGAAACCAUUAUAUACUGGAUAUGAUGACGAAGAAUUUUUAAUUGGAGGAGGGCAGAAGAAGACGUGGUUGAGUCACUAUGACGAAGAGAUCAAUGGGCCUAAAAGUGAUUCAUUUAAGCUCGGUGGGGACGGGACAGUUAAAUUGAGUGAGGUAGAAAAGAAAAAUGAAAUUUCCGAGAGACUAAAAGCUCGAGCAAUAUCGUUACAAUAUGAUAAAAUGAGAGAGAUACAAGAUUAUUAUACUAAAGAAGAGGCAGAAAUUACAUUCAAGAAGCCAAAGCAAACUCAGAGCGAAUCUAACUCAAAUGAAGAUUCUAUAACAACGCAAGUUGCACAGAGUAGGAGACAAGCGAACUUGGAUGAUGUCAAUUUCGUAGACGAUGAUGAUUUGCAGCAAGCUCUUGCUAGGGCGAGGAAGAUUGCUUCAAAGAAGGCAAUUAAAUCUCAACCUGAAUCCAUAGCCGAAAGUUUGGCCGGAAUAAGAGACGUUCAGUCAGAUGACGAAGAUGCGAACUCCUCCAGCUUUGUAAUAUCAGAUACAUCUGAAUUUGUCCGCGCUCUCUCUAUUGCCCCGGUCCCCGCCAAACCGUCAGCGCCUUCUCCAAAACCUUCAGCAUCUCAGCCUCCCAAACCCGCUUCUGGACCUUCAUCCGAUGUCGAGCAGCAAGAAGACCAUUCCUCAUCUGAUAAUGAAUCCUCCCGUGGUGGAUGGAAAUCGGCUGGUGUAGUAGAAUCACUAGGCCUUCCCCAAAUUGGUGAAGAAACGAAACUAACCGGAGUCGUGGAAGAAGAACCGUUGGUUAGUCAGGGAAUGGCGGCUACUCUAGCUCUUUUGUCUCAAAAAGGAUUUUCAAUAAAGCCAAACGAAGAGCAACUGGAGAAGGAGAGGAUCCAGAAAGAGAGACAAAAGUGGUUAUUAGAACAGAAAAAGAAGGAUCUAGAGAGGCAAUUAGAGAGAGAAAAAGAGAAGCAAAGAGCUAAAGAGAAGGGUUAUAGAGGUGGCGGCGGGAGGGAAAACGAUAAUAGUUAUAGAGAUAGAGAGCAUUUGAGAGAAGUUGAAAUGAGGUUUAGGGAUUAUAAACCGGAUGUCAACUUGGAAUACGUGGAUGAAUUUGGAAACCCUCUAACGCCUAAAGAGGCUUUCCGUCAAUUAUCACAUAAAUUUCAUGGCAAGUCGUCAGGUAAAGCUAAGACAGAGAAGAGGCUUAAGAAGUUAGAAGAAGAAAGAAAAUUAAAGGCUAUGAGCAGUAUCGACACUCCAUUGAACACAGCGACAGCCUUACAGGAAAGACAGAAAGCGAGUGGGAGCGCACACGUUGUGCUAUCUGUUGGCAAUCGAGCAGUUGUUCCUCCAAGUAUGAAUUUAAAUGUAACAGGGAAGAAUGAGACGGGUACCAAAGCAUCAGGUAUUAAUUCUAAUGCUCCAAGUAUUAUCACUGUUAACGGUGGAUUGACCGGACAGAGUAUGAAUGCGCCUGAAAGAGAAAAGGUUACUUUCGGGCUCAAACGUAGAGCAGAGCAAGAUCAAGAUAAACCAUCGAAAAAACGGUAA